AUGUCAUACUCGCAGCCGCAAUCACAGUCACAAUCUUACCCACCAUACCAACGGACCUUAUACGACAACAAUCAACCAGUAUUGCAGCCUGGCUGGAAUAGUUUCGACGGCACUUGUCCACCAUCAUCCGCAGCAGCAGCAGCAGCAGACUUUGAGAACUACACUCAAUUUCCGCUCGAUCCCGGAGGUUACAACGAUGCCAACCUCCUUGCCGCAGAGGAGCAGAUCCCUCAAUCGCCAAACUACUCGCAAUACCUGAACUUCGAUUCCAUGGAUACUGGUCCAGCUGCUGCUGGUGCUGCUGGUGCUGGAUCCAGCCCAGCCGUCAUGUCCCAGCCAUUGUUCGGCACCGGCGCAAUCGCGGCGGUCGACCCUGAGCAAUAUGCCGACUUUGCGAUCAAAAUCGAACAGCCCGAGCCUGAACAGUUACAACGACAACAACAAGAGGCAAAUAUGUCCCUGCCUACCUACUCACCGAGCAUGAACCCGAACCCGAACCUCAACCAACGAGACAACCGUGUCCUCGCUCGAACCUGCGGCGCCGUCCCCGCGUGCGGCCAUAUCCUCGAAAGCCCUGACCUCGAAAUGGAAGAUCUCAACCUCGGCGAAUGGUACCCUCCUUCGACGAUCUCGCCAGCCGAAAGGGAUACCCAGCUCUCAAAACAACUCGGGGCCGACGACCCGCGCCGAAAACCAAGCGCCGACGACGGCACUGGCAGUGGCACCGGCACCGGCACAAUGACACGAAGCAGCAGCAGUAGUGCAGCCGCGGCCACGACGAGCAAGAAACCGCGCAAACGGGGCCGCAAACCCUUGGCAGACGACGACGACGACGAGGCCCAGGCUCAGGCCCAGGCCCGCGCCAAACAAGCCCACUCGAUCGUCGAGCGGCGAUACCGCGACAACCUGAACGGCAAGAUCAUGCAGCUGCAUCGUACGCUCAGCUCCAUCGCGGCGAGCGGGGGCAACCAGAACAGGACGGCGGGAGACUAUUAUCUGGACGGUGAUGAGACUGCGACGCAGAAGCCCCAGGACCAACGCACCGGAGCGGGCACACGGGUGCGUAAGUCGGACGUCAUGACCGACGCGGUGAAUUAUGUGCAUCAGAGUGAGGUGCAGAUGCGGCAUAUGGAGAACGAGAUCUCGCGGCUGACGGACCGGGUGAGGACGCUGGAGAAGUUGGUCAGAUGCGAGGAUUGUGUGGUGUUGAAAGAGAUGGUGAGGCGGUCGCUGCAGGCCGAAGGCCAGCCUCAGGCGCAGGCGCAGGGGCGUUCUCAUCGGGGGAUGUAG